CAUCCUCUGGGCCCGACCGACCGACUUUCCAGAAGUUUCUCGCCGAGAUUUAUAUAGCCCGGCGGCCGGCAGGGAUCGCCCACCACAGCCAGAACCCGAACCCGGGACAGAGCCCCCCCAGCCCCGACCCCAGUUCAGAAUGAAAACGGCAGCCCUGGGCCGCCCCAUGAGACAGUGGCAAGGUACCUGGUGCCCCCGCCCCUCAGCGCCAUGUGGCUGACCAAGCUUCUCCCUGCUCUCUGUCUGCUGGCCGUCGCCACAACCGCCGCUGAGGUCAAGAAGCCUGGGGCGGCGGCGGCGGGUGGGGCGAAGGCGGCGGGCGGGGCAAAGCCGGCGGCGGGGGGCGGACCGCUGAGCCCCCAGGCCACAGCCCUGGCUGGGCGGAGCUCCGCACUGGCCUUCGACCUGUACCGGGCACUGGCCGGGGACGCAGCUGUGGAGAACAUCCUGCUGUCACCCGUGGUCGCGGCCUCGUCGCUUGGGCUGGUGUCGCUGGGCGGGCGGGCGGCCACGGCGGCCCAGGCGCGGGCCGUGCUGAGCGCGGGGGCCCUGCGGGAUGAGGAGGACGUGCAUGCCGGCCUGUCCGAGUUACUCCUGACCCUGAGCAACGCCACUGCCCGCAACGUGACCUGGAAGCUGGGCAGUCGGCUCUACGGCCCCAGCUCGGUCAGCUUCGCCGACGACUUCGUUCGCCGCAGCCGCCAGCAUUACGGCCUGGAGCACUCCAAGAUCAGCUUCCGCGACAAACGCAGCGCCCUGCAGUCCAUCAACGAGUGGGCGGCCCAGACCACCGGCGGGAAGCUGCCCGAGGUCACCAAGGACGUGGAGAGGACAGAUGGGGCCCUCAUCGUCAACGCCAUGUUCUUCAAGCCGCACUGGGAUGAGAAAUUCCACCACAAGAUGGUUGAUAACCGAGGAUUCAUGGUGACCAGAUCUUACACUGUGGGCGUCUCCAUGAUGCACCGGACAGGCCUAUACAACUACUACGAUGAUGAGGCGGAGAAGCUGCAGAUAGUCGAGAUGCCGUUGGCCCACAAACUGUCCAGCCUGAUCAUCAUCAUGCCGCACCACGUGGAGCCCCUGGCCCGGCUGGAGAAGCUGCUGAGCAAGGACCAGUUGCAGGCCUGGGAAGGCAAGCUGCAGAGGAAAGCCGUGGCCAUCUCCCUGCCUAAGGGUGUGGUGGAGGUGACCCACGACCUGCAGAAACACUUGGCUGGCCUGGGGCUGAGUGAGGCAGUGGACAAGACCAAGGCUGACCUAUCCAAGAUCUCGGGCAAGAAGGACCUGUAUCUGGCCAGUGUCUUCCAUGCCACCGCAUUCGAGUGGGACACGGAGGGCAACCCUUUCGACGCCGACAUCUAUGGGCGUGAGGAGCUGCGCAAUCCCAAGCUGUUCUACGCCGACCAUCCAUUCAUCUUUAUCGUCAAGGACCGCCAGAGCGGCUCCCUCCUCUUCAUCGGCCGCCUCGUCCGCCCCAAGGGAGACAAGAUGCGAGAUGAACUGUAGGGCCCACCGGUUGGGGGUGGGGUGGGGGGGCAUGUGAACUCAUGGGUGCUAAGGGAGGGUGGCACGGCACAUGUGAACUAAUGGGUGCUGGGGGGGGAGGGUGGGGAGAUUUGAGGGGGGUGUUCACUGGGACCAGGCUCCCCCUCCACCACCUGUUACCAAAGUUUGAGGGAGGGGUUGAGCACUUUUCCCUAGGAUGUAUGGGGGCGGGGAGGGCAUUUUGAAGAGGCUUGGUUUGGAGCCCUGGACUUACCUGACCAGUGCGGGGGGGGGGGGGGUGUCCCCAUCCCCCCCACCUUCAGGGGCCUCAGCUAAGGUGGGUGACUGGAGCCAAAAAUCUGCAGCCCCUGCCCCCUGCCCCCAAGGGGCAGCCAUGGAGUGUUUCCCCCACCCCACCAGCCUUGGCUCCACCCCUGCCUGGACCCCCGGAAACCUGCACUGACUCCCCUUACGGGUCUGAGGGGGGCCGGGGCUCGCGUCACUUGCAUCCACAGGGGAGGGGGUGGGGGGAGGAGGGAGGCCCUCAUUCCUGUUGGUAAAAUUUUUGCAAUAAAACUUUUUUUCUGUGAACUUGGUGUGAA